UCUAGGGUCCUGCCCUCUUUCGCUAGGACACUUGGGCUGGGCCUCUGAGGGUCUCUGGUGGCCAGACCUACAGCAAUGUGGAGGCUCACAUCUGACUUAAGUGGUAUCUGAACUUAGGAAAGUAGGAACCAUCUCCCCCUGAAUCUGGGCUAGGGGCCUGGGCACCCCAGAACACUUGUCUAUGGUAGAAUUACUCAGGAGCAGGUGUGGGGGAUGGCGCAGGCACAGGAUAGGUCUGAGGAUGCACCAGGUUCAGUUCAGAACAGCCACUCUUCCUGCCUGCGUGGCUGUGAGCCACGCUGGUAUUUUGGUGGGAGUUACAGAGCCACAGAGUCAUCUGGCCCAGGUACAAGCCUCCCCGCCCUGCCCACCCCCAGGAGACAGCUCGUCUAUAAAAGGGCUGACAACUGAGCUCUUUUCACUGGGGGCUGGAGAGAGGGAAGGGGGGGACCAUGGACGUCGUCAGUGUCCAGCAGUUGGUAAGUGGAGAAAGAGAAGAAAGUAAAGUGUUGGGACGUGGAUAUGAAGCUCCUGAUCCUGGAGUCUGGCCGGGCAACUGGAGGCUGGGACCCCAUGAGGCCGUGGCCCAGGAGAGGCAGAAGCUGGGAGAAGAGAAGAGGAGAAGACUUGAGAGAUUUAAGAGUUCCAGACUUACCCUGGAGAAUCUGGCUGACUUGGAAAACUUGGUUCAAAGACGAAGAGAAAAGCGACUGAAACGCAGAGUCCCCCCCAGGGCACCUGAGUCCGUGGUUAAGCUGCAGCCCCAAGUCCAGCUGGAGCCUGUGGACCUGGAGACGUUCCUGAAGGCAGCUGCAGAGAACCAGGAAGCCCUGAUUGACAAGUACUUGACAGAUGGAGGGGACCCUGAUGCCCAUGACAAGCUCCACCGCACGGCCUUGCACUGGGCCUGCCUGAAGGGUCACAGCUGCCUGGUGGACAGACUGUUGGAGGCAGGGGCCACUGUGGACGCUCGCGACUUGCUGGACAGGACGCCUGUGUUCUGGGCCUGCCGUGGAGGACACCUGGACAUCCUCAAACAGCUGCUUAACCACGGAGCCCAGGUCAAUGCUCGGGACAAGAUCUGGAGCACCCCCCUGCACGUGGCUGUGCGCACAGGGCACUGUGAGUGCCUGGAGCACCUCAUCGCGUGUGGAGCCCACGUUGACGCACAGGACAAGGAAGGGGACACGGCUCUGCACGAGGCCGUGCGGCAUGGCCACUACAGAGCCAUGAAGAUACUGCUGCUCUAUGGAGCCCAGCUGGGCGUGCAGAACCAGGCUUCAGCGACCCCGGUGCAGCUGGCCCGAGACUGGCAGCGAGGCAUCCGCGAGGCUCUGCAGGCCCACGUGGGGCAUCCCCGCACUCGAUGCUGAUGACAGCAGACCUGCGGGGCCCCUCACAGCCACCAUUCCAUCCCCUUCGCCUCCUAGCCUCACUUGUCUGUGGUUCUGACCUCAGGCCUCCAGGGCAGCCGUCAGGACAGAAGCAACUCCCCGAGUUCAGGCCUGGCAGGUGGCUGAAACAGCCUCCCUGGCUUCGAGUCUCAGGGGUAACCUGCUUGCUGCUGGGGAACGAGCUAGGAAGAACUGGAGUAGAACCCUGGGUGAGCAAGAAAGCAAAGUGGGUCCAGACAAGGGACAGCAAAGAGGAUGGAGCAAAGCCAAGGUGUCCUACACCUCAGGCUCCCCAGGGUGUUUCCUGCCAGGUGCUGACUCGGCAUGGCCAGCAGCAAGCUGCCGUCCUGGCCAGAGACAGCAGGCAUUUCUGCAAGUGGCCAGCGUCCCUGGGCAGGGGUUUCUCAGGGACUCCACUCCUGUCAGUAGAAACCCUGAUGGGGUUGGGAGUGGCUCUAGACCACUCUGGUCUCAGGGACUCUGGUGUUGGGUCUGGAGGGGGCUGCCCAGCAGGUCUGAGGCCCCACAGCGUAAGUCCAGUACCAGUCUGGUUUCCACGGAAACCCUGAGACUGAAGAGCUGGAGCCACAGUUUAGAGAACCACCUGCCCACUGCUCUCUACUUGGCCAGCCAGGAGCUCUCCUGGUAAAGUGACUGGGGUGCUGGGGUUGCCUGUGGCCCACUCAGCUUUUGGGGCAGUGGCCCGUAACCCUACUUCACCUCAGGCACUACCACCGCCCUGGUACUGAUGCUUGAGCUUGCCUGUGCCCUGGGGCUGCUGCCUUCUGCAACCGCUGCGGCAGGCCACGGGGGGGCUGAGUGCCACUGCGAAGGGCGCAGGAGAACUCACCUGCUCCUGCCCCCCAGCUGCUAACUAGGGGCACAUUUAUGACCCAACUGGGAACGUGCCCUCCUGGAAGCUCCUCCUCUUUCACUGUCCUUUAUACUUCAAGUUAUGCUGGUGUAGACGUGCUCCUGGCAGGGCUGGGUCCUUAAAUGCCAGAGAGUGAACCUUCCAGAACUUAGCCCUAAACUGAGAGCUGUAGGCUGAGGGACUGGCUGCAGGAUGAAGAUUUAGCCUCCCUCACAUGCCUAAGCACUGGGGCAGACACCCGAUCUACAGUUAUUUUUACCUAACGUUGGGGGCCUUCUCAGGCCAAGAAUAAGCCUGUUCCUCCUGAGUGAAAAAGCUGACUACAGCCCCACGUCUUCCCUUCCCAUGGCAGCUGCUGCCUUGCGUGGACAGCGCCAGCAUGCACCCAGAUGCUGAGGCCACGGGAGAAACGAGGUACUCAGGCUCACGGAGAAGACAACUCCCCAACUAGAAAAUGGGGACACUUAAGUGACGGACAAAAAUACCUUUUUACACGCAUCAGUACUUUGUGUUCAUUAAAACUGGUUGGUUAUC